AAGCUGCGCGCCGCUGCGGAGGGCGUUACACCGUCGGCUCCGCCGGAGGCGCGGCGGCGUUUGUCGGUGUUCUCCGCCCUGCUUCUGUUCGGCGUCUUCGGGGAAUCUGGGGCGUGGGGAGUGGUUUUGGCAGGGAAGCAGCUAGACAGCGCCCCCCCCUUCCCUCUUUUCCAACAGGCGGAGGCGCGUUUGCGGUUGGGGAAGCGUAUCGAAUCCGGCCUCCGGCGUCAACUGUAAAACCGUUUGGGUUGGUGCGGCGUGGUUUUCUUUGCCGCGUUAACGGGGAAGACCGUUGGCACCCUCCCUUUCCGAGGGGGGCGGGGAGCGCUUCGUAAACUGAAUUAAGGAGAGGAUCUGAGGAGGGUUGUAGGCUGUCGAAACCCUUGUGCUCCCCACUCAGGAGACGGCCCGGGCCAUCUGCGCGUCGUAGUUUUCUCAUCUCUAACCGAUCUUUCUCCACAGGUUCAUGGAGCCAGAGAAGGAGAGGACCGGGAGGACCCCCAAGAAGGGCAGGAAGAGGAGGCGGGUCCCGAAUAAGCUGGUCGGGGCGUCAGAGGUGAUGAGAGACCGUUGGGAUCUUGAGGAGAGGCAGCAGCCCGAGGCCAAGAAAGCCUGCUUAUCUACCAUUUUACUUUCUGAUACCCGUGAAAUAACUCAUGGCCAGCUAUGUGAAUUGCUGAAGUAUGCAGUUCUGGGCAAAUCCAGUGUUCCUAAACCUAGCUGGUGCCAACUUUUUCACCAAAACCACCUGAACAACGUGGUGGUUGUUAUACUGCAGGGAAUGAGUCAGCUACACUUUUACAGGUUCUAUUUGGAGUUUGGGCUUCUCCGAAAGGCAUUCAGACACAAGUUCUGCUUGCCUCCCCCAUCAUCUGAUUUCCUAGCUGAUAUCAUUGGGCUGCAAAAGAAACAAAUAAUUGGGGAUCUGCCUAAAGGAAUGGAAGGGUCUUUACCUUCUUCCAGCUCAGAAGUCAGCAUCAACCUGCAGAAUGACCCCAUCGUUAAAAAGUAUGGCUCUAAGAAAGUAAGCUUGACCAGAUGCCUUCUCACAAAGGAGGAAAUGAAAACAUAUCACUUUCCGUUACAAGGUUUUCCUGACUGUGAAAACUUUGUGCCUAUAAAAUGUUGUGGUUCUAUAACCAACAGUAGUCCUCUCUUUGGGCUUGACUGUGAAAUGUGCCUGACAUCCAAGGGGCGAGAACUAACACGCAUCUCACUGGUUGCUGAAGGAGGCUGCUGUGUUAUGGAUGAACUUGUUAAACCUGACAACAAGAUUGUGGACUACCUCACCAGUUUCUCAGGAAUCACAAAGAAGAUUCUUAACCCAGUGACAACCAAACUCAAAGAUGUACAGAGACAGUUAAAAGCACUGCUUCCUCCCAACGCUGUGUUAGUGGGCCACUCCUUAGACUUAGAUCUCAGAGCACUGAAAAUGAUACAUCCAUAUGUUAUUGAUACAUCAUUGCUUUAUGUCAGAGAGCAGGGCAGAAGAUUUAAGCUCAAGUUCUUAGCCAAAGUUAUUUUGGGGAAGGAUAUACAGUGUCCAGAUAGGUUUGGUCAUGAUGCCACAGAAGAUGCUAGAACAGCCCUUGAAUUGGCUCGGUAUUUCCUCAAAUAUGGCCCAAAGAAGAUUGCAGAACUAAAUCUGGAGGCACUAGCUAGUCACCAAGAACUAGAAGCAGCAGGCCUAGAGCCGAGAAAUACAGCAGAAGUAGUGCAGCAGCUAAACACAAGUGUUUUAGAAUGCUUGGACUCAGUGGGCCAGAAGCUGCUUUUCUUGACUCGGGAGGCAGAUGCUACUGAACUUUCUUCUUCCCAAAACUGUCAAACUAUUAAGUGCUUGUCAAAUAAAGAGGUUCUUGAGCAGGCUAGAGUGGAAGUCCCCCUGUUUACCUUCAGCAUCGUGCAGUUCUCUCUUGAACCCUUUCCACCCAACCUCAGUGAGGAGAUGAGCAAAAGAAUGAAGAUCAAGUGGAUGGAGAUGUCAACUGUCUAUGCUGGGCCAUUUAGCAAAAAUUGUAACCUUAGAGCUCUGAAUAGGCUGUUUGAGAGUUUUGGUCCAGUCCUGUCAGUGACUCUUACUCUUGAAUCCCAUCAGCCACAUCUCUGUAUACAAUACGAAGUCCUGGAAGGUGCCCAGCUGGCCAUAGAGUCUUUGGAUGGCAGCCUGGUGGAAGGUACCUGCAUCAAGGUGCAGAGGCCUGUGACAGAGCUCACCCUUGAUUGUGACAUCCUUGUGAAUGAGCUGGAACAAGAUUCUGAGAACCGAGGUACUAUAUACCUGUCUGGAGUGAGUGAAACCUUCAAGGAACACCUGUUGCAACAGUCCAGCCUCUUCCUGGGCCUGGAAGCUCUGAUCUUGCCUAAAGAUCUUAAAAAUGGAAAGCAGAAAAACUACUGUUUCUUGAGAUUCAAAACUUUUGGCAGUGCCCAUAGGGCCCUUGGCAUUCUCACAGGCAAGAACUGGAAGCUGAAAGGCAGGCAUGCCCUAACCCCCAGGCACCUCCAUUCAUGGCUCAGGGGCUUACCUCCUGAAUCAAGGCCCCCAGGGCUUCGUGUCAUACCUCCUCCCUCGGAGCAGGAGGCCGUGCAGAUGCUGAACUUGGACCACCCAAAGAUAGCAGCCUGGCGCUGGGGCAGGAAGAUAGGAAAGCUCUACCACAGCCUGUGCUCAGGCACCCUCUGCCUCAUCCUGCUGCCAGGAACUGAGAGCACUCAUGGAUCGCUCUCUGGCCUAGGACUGAUGGGAAUAAAAGAUGAAGAGGAAAGCAACAUCCUAAACUAGUGUUUCUUGCCAGUUCCCCGACCAGGGAUUGAACCCCGGCUACAGCAGUGAAAGCAUGGAAUCCUAACCACUAGACCACCAGGGAGCUCCCUUCAGUUUCCUCAUUUUAAAGAUGGCAACAUGAGUACCUACUUCAUAAGGUUGUUGUGAGAAUUAAACUGGGGAAAGCCUACAUUUUAUUGAGGAUCAUCUUCCAACUGCAUAUUCACAGAGCAGAUGAAGGUUCCCUGUGCCAAGAGCACUCCCUUUGCUCCUAGGAAAAGCCAAGGCCAUUCCUUUUCCUGGAUGGGUGGGGGUGGAAGUUUCCCCACGGGCCCCCAGCUCUAGAACUCGACAGAGAUAGGCCUGGACCAUAAGGUCUCUGGGGCCCCGGUCUGCACACACUGUUCUUUCAGCUGAUGCUCCCACCUUUUGGAAGCCAAAGCUGCCAACUUGGCCUCUUGCAAAACACACAUUCCAUUCAUAAGUGCGUUUGUGCAUUUUUCCUCCCACACCCUUCUAGGCAGCCAAUGCAGAGCUGCCAAGGCAGCUGCAGCAGCAGCGUCUCAUGUUGGGGGAAAGGCAACUUGAAGGGUUUUCAGAGAACACUUGGUUUAGGCUUUGAACACAUUACUCCCCAACUUUCUGGCCUCCUCACCCAUAGUGGGGUUGUUUAGUAGUACACUCAGCCAUGUCAUUUUCAUUUCCUUUUGUCUCCCUUUUUGUAAAUUCUCUUCCCUAUUAUAAAGGAAAUCCAUUAAUGGAAACUUGAAAAAUCUAGAAAAGUUAAAACCAUAUCUAAUCCCACCACUCAGUCAAUGACUGCCCCUGUUUUACAAUCUUCUAUCAUACUUUUUCCAUUAUGCAAAAGCAGUUUUUAAUAGCUGCAUAAUAUUCCAACAUGUUGAUGUGUGCCAUAAUUUCUAAAACAGUCCCCUAUGGUUGGCACUAAGUUGUUCCCAAAUGAUGCUGCCAAUCAUAUCCUUGCACAUACAUCUUUGGCAGAUAAUUAUUUCUUGAGGAAAAAUUCCUAGAAGUGAAAUUACUGGGCUUUUUUAGAAAGUAUGAACACUGAAGGAUUUUUUAAUUCCAGGAAAGUUUUUACCUUGUGUUUGCUAGCAUCGAUUUGUUUCAAAUCUUUGUUAAUUUGACAGAUUAAAAAAGUUUUUCAUUAUAGGUUUAAUUUGUUUAUUUGAAUACCCUUUAGAUUAAUCUUCACUUUAUUAUUCCCCACACCUCUUAGAUUGUCAUCUGCUAUUUUUUCCAGGUUUUGGCCAACUGUUUUUCCUUAGAGAGUUGUCCAUAUCCUUUGCUCAUGUUUCUGUUGUCUUUUCCAUAAUGAAUUUUCCAUUCUGAAUUUUUAAGGUCUCUUUACACAUUAAGUAUAGUGUCCAUUUGUCAAUUAUUGCAAAAUUUUGAUGGCAGUCUCGUCCUCAAGGAUGUUGCCCUCAGAAAGGGAAAGGACCUCCAAGAUCUCAUCUUCAGUUUCCUUUAGCUGCUUCUUGUUCUUGGCACUUUCCACAAUCAACUUGUUCUUUUUCUCUUCCAGUUCUGGCUUCUUCUUGGUGGCCACGAUGCCAAGGAGUUGAUCUUGGAGGCCCAAGGGGGUGAUCAUAAAGUUGAGGAGACAGACUUUAACGGUGACUUCAGGGAGAUAAUGGGGGUUCCUCAAACGGGUUGUGAUAUAUAACUUAAAAUCCCUGGAAUAUUCAGUGAUGUUUUCACCAAGCCUCAUGUACUCAACCCCUUGCUUUCCUGAGCAUAAACAAUAACUAGACAGAAAAUACAAUGAAAGGAAGCUAAGAUGUACCACAAUUAGACUUCCAGAAUGUAAGAGCCAGAUGGAGCCAUCAGGGAUCGUGUUAGUCUAAGCCCCCCAUCCUCCCAAUUUGGCACAGGGGGAAGUUGAGCCCCCAAGAGGGGCAGUGACUUGUGAAGGGUUGUGUGUGACCAUGCCAACCUUCUUCUCUGGAUUCCCUGCAUUACUCACCUAACAGCCUUUUGGAAACCUUAAACUUGUGUGUCUUAGGUGCUUUAUAAAUCACAGAUGUUCUUCUAAAUCCUAACACUGAUAGAAAUAAGUCUCUUGAUUUUGCAGAUGACUAAAAGGAAACGCAGAAUUUAACUUUCCGAAGGUCACAGAGCAGUAGCACUUGACAGUUUUCAGUUUGCCUCCUUUGCCUUAAUCACUGCCAACCUAAUAGAUGUAGGAGCCAACCAUUUAGAACAGUGUUCACUUUUUGUUCUUUGAGGGAAUCGACGUCAGUUGCUAAGGUAAGACUGUUUAGGUAGUGGCCCUGUGAGGACUCGUUUGCUUCUUGCCUACAAGUCCUGGGACUCCAAAAGCCAUUAAGCUUGGUGAGUGGGAGGUCAACGAUCCAUGUUUGUAGCUAGGGAUCCUGUACCAUCUGGAUUACUUUACAAAGCACAGGAUUUGCCAUCCAGUAUGUUGGUGGAAGAGGCUCCCGGUGGGUAAAGCUCACCCCAGAAUGAAGUCACCGGUUUUUUUUGUUUGUUUGGGGGUUGGUUUUUUGUUUUUGUUUUUUGCAGAAUUAUCAAUAGUCAAGUAAACAAAUUUAUUAAGUCCAACAGCAGGUUACCUUCCAAAUAAAAAAGUGACAAUAAUGUGU